CCUUGUUAAUAACGGAGGUAAAAAUGUUCAAGUUCCUAGUUAUCAGCUCGGUGUGUGUUGCCGCUGCCUUGGCGGCUGGUUCUUUCCCAGGUGGAAGAUUCUUGGAACAGCCAAAACCCGAACUUUGCGCUCAAAGGAAAAUCCACGAAACUUUCAAAGGCUUAGGCUACUACUUCUCUUGGAAAGAGCCAGCGACUCAGGGAGAGGAGCACGAUUGGCUCGGCGGCAGAAACUGGUGCAGACAGAGAUGCAUGGACUUGGUCAGUCUCAGGGAUCCAGCCAAGAACGAAUACGUCAAGAACAAAAUCGUCGAAGGGAAACAGAAAUACAUCUGGACCUCGGGUCGUGCCUGUGACUUUGAGGGUUGCGAGAGGGAGGAUCUGCAGCCGGCGCGCGUCAACGGGUGGUUCUGGACGGCCAACUUCGAGCGGCUACCCCCCACUUCCGAUAGGACCAACAACGACUGGAGCGAGGGUGGCGGUAUCGGACUGCCCCAGCCGGACAACCGCGAGGUGAUCCAACAGGGAGGACCCAACGACGAGAACUGUUUGGCCAUCCUCAACAACUUCUACAACGACGGAGUCCACUGGCACGAUGUCGCUUGCCACCAUCUCAAACCGUGGGUCUGCGAGGACUCCGAACCUCUUCUUAAGUGGGUCAAGUACAACAACCCCCAACUGGCUCUCUGAAUCACCCCCGAAGCCCGCUCCACUCGAAACAUGUGUUUCAUCCUGAAUAGCUGCUGAAGGACCGAUAAACACUGGUGGAAACAGAGACAAGAGACCCUCCACUGGCCUCUUAGCGACAGGUGGAAGCUUUUACUUUCGGGGUUUCAACAAUUCCUUCGAGCAACAGUCAUCACCCUAUUUUCGGCUGUUGACUUACCUACAUGGUCGAUGAUGAGCUUCGGAUGACGUCAUGAGCCAAACAACUUUCCCAAACGUCGGCCAUUUUCGGCUUGUUUGCAAAACGAAACUGCCAACACGUUGUUGAUCAUCAACCAUGUAGGUAAGUCAACAGUAGAAUGCUGAAGUCCCGAAAGUAAAAGCUUCCACCACGGCCAAGAUACUGAUGGAGGGUCUCUUGUCUCUGGGUGGAAAGUAUGUCCUAUUUGGAACCAAAAUAUGGUGAAACUGCAGAAAUACGUUUCUCGGUUUGCGGCGCACACUGUACCAAGUCAUUAGGAGAGAUCGGACAAAAUCUGGAAACUUAGAAAGCUCAUUUUUUUUCAAAAAUAUGAAACAAGAAAGUUUAAGAGUGGUUCCAUUGGUUUUUUCGUGAAAUUUCCUCUCAGAAACAAUCCUUAAAAAUGAAUUUGUGACGCACUAAACUUCAAAAUUUGAAAUUUUAGCCAAAAAUGUCAUGGUCGACCUCCUCUAUUGGCUCAACUCACUUUGCGGCGUAGCAAGCUUCCUGUCAAACUUUAUUUUGCUCGUGGAAAACUACUGAGCCUCAUUUUUUGAAAAUUUCAGUGAUUUUCCUUCUUUUUUUGAAGAAUAUUCUGUGAAAACUUUAAGCCCUUAUAUCUGUUUGGUCUCCUUUUAAAAAAUAAAAUAGAGGCGGAGAUUUCAUAAUACUGUAACCGAGGUACGCAUUUUUACAUUUCCACUUUCGAUACUGAGUAUUCAAAUUUUUUGUGAAUAAUAGAUCGAUAGUGAGAAUCUCAUUCGUGACGUCACGAAACCUUUGCUCCUGUUUGUUUUAAUUUUAAAGAUAUGAUAAUGUGCAAGGAUAUAUAGAGGAGGAAUUUUAACCCUUACAGUGCUCGAAAAACAUGUAUCUCGCUUCGUGACGUUGCACAUUUCUUGUCAUGAUUUAAAUCUUCGCAGGAAAACUAUAAUACACUCACUUAUUCUUUGGAA